AUGGGGCCUUUUUCAUUCUCCAAGAAAUUAUCCUCAUUGUCUACAUUGGCUUUACUGGCCGUGUUUCUGUUUUGCGUCUCUAGUAAUGCAUUUUAUCUCCUUGGUAGUUAUAUGCACACCUACAUACCUGGUGAGAGCAUAUAUGCCAAAGUUAAUUCCCUCACCUCCAUUGAGACUGAGCUCCCAUAUAGCUAUUACAUCCUUCCAUAUUGCCAUCCACAAGGUGGAAUCAAAAGGAGUGCAGAGAAUUUGGGUGAGCUUCUCAUGGGUGACCAGAUUGAUAACUCUCCAUACCAAUUCCAUGUUAAUGUUAAUGAAUCACUUUACUUGUGCACCACUAAUGCAUUGAAUGAACAUGAGGUUAAACUUUUGAAGCAGAGGACACAUGAUCUCUACCAAGUGAACAUGAUACUUAACAAUCUACAGGCAAUGCUGAAACUGAACAUGUAUGAUAAAGUUGAGUCUGUGAGCUGUCCAUUGGAUCUUGACAAGUCUCAGACCAUUCGGGAGCAGGAGAAGAUUUCUUUUACCUAUGAAGUUGUAUUUGUUAAAAGUGACAUCAGAUGGCCAUCAAGAUGGGAUGCAUAUCUAAAGAAUAAUAUUUAUGAAGUUGUGUUGGGCGUCCGCGCAUGCCGAGGACGCCAGCCACUUCAUGCGCACGCCGUUGGCUAG